AUGCAUCGUCUUCUCCAUGCUUGCUCUUUCAGUCGCAGCUUCUCUACUGCUGCACUUCCCACGGCACAUAACUUCAGUUUCGGUGCUUGUGGGUUCUUGAUUUCGUACCAUUUAGGCGUCGCACAGGGCCUCCAGGAUGCCGGUUUUAUUCUAGCGAGCUCCAAGUUCGCUGGAGCUUCUGGGGGUGCUAUUGUUGCCCUAAGUUUAGCCGCAAAUGCGAGUAUGAACGAUAUUCAAGAAGAGGUGAAAGCCAUGACUCGACUCUGUCAUAGUCAUGGUACAAUCUGGAGGCUUGAGAAGCGACUGCGGGCCACUUUUCAUGCCAAAUUCGGCAAUUUACCGGUAGAGAAGUUGACACAAAGACUUACGAUCGCAACAGAGAAGAUGUGGCCGUGGAGAGCCUUAGUGUUGACAGACAAUUUUCGCUCGACGGAUGAUUUGUGUGAUGCACUCAUUGCAUCGUGUUAUGUGCCUUGGUACUUGGCUAGACGAGGGACGUCUGUGUUUCGAGGAGAGUACCAUGUCGACGGAGGCCUUAUCACUUUAGUGCCAAAAGUGCCGGGAUAUACCAAGCUAGCACGCUUUGCUUUGUUUCCACCGAGGAUUGAAGUGCUGGAUCAACUUUUUGAAUCCGGAAAGAGAUCAGCGAGGAUCUGGGCAGCCCAAGCAGGUGAAAAUGAUAUGAAGGGAAAACAAUGA